CUGACCACUUCCUGGUUACCUCAUAAAAACAACCCGACGAUGUAGCGUUGACGUUUACGAGGAAAGACCUUCGACAGCUUAUGAUACAAUCGAGUUUAUGGUUUUUAUAUUACUUACCGAAUAGUGACUAGCAGCCAUAGAGUCUAGGGUUCAUACCCACUGAACACAGUGACGAUACCAUUGAAAUUAUAUAUACGGAAUAACAAUUACAACGUAGAGUUUAUGUUUUAGUUCUACAGCAGAGUUAAAACCUUACAGAACAGAGACAGAGAGUUUGUGAUCCCAUGGCUUCGAGGAUUUCCUUCAGCCCGGGGCAUGUUGCGUUGGUGAAGGAGGAAGUGGCGGCCCCUAGUGGCCGGGGCGUGCUGGUGACGGGGGCCUCGGGGCUGCUGGGUCGGGCGGUGCUGGCUGAGUUCCAGAAGGGGGGGUGGAGGGCGGUGGGGACGGCCUACAGCAGGGCGCGCGGCUCCUUGCUGCGCUGUGACCUCCUGGACGAGGAGGCUGUGAGGAGCCUGCUGAACCAGCACAAGCCAGAUGUGAUCGUCCACUGUGCGGCGGAGCGGAGACCAGAUGUGGUGGAGCGCCACCCAGAGGCCGCGGAGAACCUCAACGUCCACGCCACCGGGGCGCUCGCCAAGGAAGCAGCGGCAGCAGGUGUGGUCUUCCUGUACAUCAGUACGGAUUAUGUGUUUGACGGGCGACGCCCCCCUUAUGGAGAAGACGACGCCCCAAACCCUCUCAACCAAUACGGACGCAGCAAGCUGGCGGGAGAGCGAGAGACAUUCCGCCAAUGCCCAGGCGCCGUGGUGCUCAGGGUUCCGAUCCUCUAUGGGGAGGUGGAGAGCGUGGCAGAGAGUGCAGUGACUGUGCUGUGGCCGGGCGUGCAGCAGGGGGCAGCAGAGAGCUGCGUCCUGGACCACUGCCAGCAGAGGUUCCCGACCUACACCGGCGACGUUGCAGCCGUUUGUAGGAACAUCGCAGAGCGAAGCCUGCAGGAUGCUUCUGUCCAGGGUAUCUUCCACUUCUCUUCUAAGGAGCAGAUGACCAAGUAUCAGAUGGCGGUCGCCAUGGCAACGGCCUUUAACCUGCCCUCCACCCACCUCAUUCCACUGACCGAGGCCCCCCCCGGGGUCUCUCGCCCACAGAACGCUCAGCUGGACUGUUCCCGCCUCCAGUUGAUGGGUCUGGGCGUGGAGCCCCGCCCCUUCUCCGACACCAUCACUUCCUGUCUCUGGCCCUUCCUCCCGGACAAACGCUGGAGACAGACCGUCUUUCACUGAGACAGACAGACAGACAGACAGACAGACAGAAGUGCACUGAAUCAGCCACGUUGAAGAUAGUUAAGAUGUCAGAAUCUCUAAACAGAUUCUUCAUAGGUCAGCUGACCUUGUCCCCGUAGGUCAGCUGACCUUGUCCCCGUAGGUCAGCUGACCUUGUCCCCGUAGGUCAGCUGACCUUGUCCCCAUAGGUCAGCUGACCUUGUCCCCAUAGGUCAGCUGACCUUGUCCCCAUAGGUCAGCUGACCUUGUCCUCAUAGGUCAGCUGGUGCAGAAGACAGCAAAUUCUCAGUUUGGAACUGUCACAAUACUACACUGGAUCAUGACGAUGAUGAUAAUAAUAAUGAUAAAAUGUGUGUUAAAUAUAACUAUCCUUGUUGUUUUUUAUUGAAAUAAACAGAAAGACACAACUUUAUCACACUGAUAAAUGUUAUCCAGGCCUACCUGACACAGCUACUACUACAGUACUAGUUAUACUCAGAGGUGUCAAGUAACGAAGUACAAAUACUUCGUUACCUUACUUAAGUAGAAAUUUUGGGUAUCUACUUUACUGGAGUAUUUUUUUUCGGCCUACUUUUUACUUCUACUUCUUACAUUUUCAAACACUUAUCUGUACUUUCUACUCCUUACUUUUUAAAAAUGGCCUCGUUACUCCUAUUUAAUUUCGGCUUGUUUUUAUUCCGCCGGCGUUCAAAAAAACGUAAACAAAAAAACCUAUCCAGAUAAUUCGCGCCAUCGGAUAGAGUGAAUUUGAUUGGUUGAAUGAGAAUAGAAACAUGUACCAUUCUGACACCCUAUUGGUUUAUACGCGAUCCAUGGCACCUGCGCAUGACCAGAGCCCGUCUACAUUCUCUGACAUGACAUAAAUCGCGCCACAUUCCAGCUACGAAAUAGCUGACGUAGAUGAGCGAAAUGUCCCAACCAAGCACCAGUGAGGAGGUUGGUAGCCAAGAAGACCAGCCAACCCUUCUACAUCCCUGGCCGUACCUGGAAGAAUUUUUUGAAAAGGUUGGAUGCAAAAACAACUCAGUUCUUACUCGUUACAUCUUAAAUUCCUGCAGAUAAGCUUGGAUACAUACAUUUACAUUCCCAAUAAAGGCUUUUGAUAACAUGCCUCUGAAGUUUGACUUUUUGCACCAUUCCAAU